AUGUUACCGGCAGAGAAAUGGUAUUCGAGUCCUACACAGAAUAAGCGAAUCUACCAAUGGCGAGGAGGGGUGGUCCCAGGGGAAGAACUGACUCCCAAAAGGAGUAUCUCCAAACUUCAAGCUCAUGAAGCACGGAACAUCCAUCGAGGGAUCGAUACGAAUGGGGGAAAACGGGGGAUUGAUGAUACAGUAGAGAUCAAAGGGAGAGUAUCCACCAUAAAUCUGAAUGAUGGAUCAAACUCUACUAGAAAGGAUAUGCAAUAUCCUGUUCCAUCCGCACUCCAUCAAGGCAGAUCGAUCAGACACAUGGAUGAAAAUAGGUAUACCAUCAACAACGAAGAUACCAAUCAUCGUACCUUCGUGGAAAAGGAAAAUGAAAAUUAUGUUGAAAGAAAAGAUGAAAUGAUCGAAGACAAUUUCGUUAUUCACCCGUUCUUUCCCAAAGAUGAGACAAAAGCUCAAUUGAUAAUCGAGUCUCAAGAUCAAGUACGAUAUUUCAUCUCUGCCUCCCAAGCUAGGAGUACUCUUCCCUCUUUACCCAAUCCAACCCCAGUGGGUGUCUCAUCGGCUCGAAAUGCAUCGCAUGACCAGAAUGAAAAUCAAGUGAUUAGAUGGAACGGUCAUAGUGAUUCAAUCACAUUGUUUCUCACUUGCCUAUUCCUCCCUCACAAAUUCACCUCAUCAUCUACCAGAACCGAUCCUAUCAAUCUCAUAAAGCUCUUACCACUCGUACUUGAUCUCGCCAACCACCAUCAAUUCACUUCAUCCUUCUUUCCCAGAUUCAUCAACAUCCUCAAUAAGCUGAACGCUUCCCCUGUUUUAUUAUUUACAGCUUACGCGUUAAUGGACGAAUUCGAUAAAGGUGAUCGUUACGCCAGACUUACCAUCCGAUCAACGACGCUCAACAACAUUCCAUCUAAUCUUCUUACCAUCCUCGAACAGCACGCUCCGAGAUAUUUCAAUUCACUUACGAAGCUCCAUCAAGAAUGGGACGAAGCGUACUCUCGACUUUAUAUCGCACUAGUCAUGGAUCUGGCGGGGAUCAAUAUCCAGCUGGUGGGAUUCGGUGCUCAGUGCAAGAAGAGAUUCGGAAGAGGAUGUCCAGGUUAUAUCUCCUCUAAAGGCAAUUUCAAGGAAUUAAGAGGUAGAGCAGCAGAUGCUGCCUCUUUAUGUGCUCGAGACAAUGGUUAUAAAGCUAUGAACGGCAAGAUCGAAGAGGCUGUUCAUAUAGAGGUGGGAUGUGAGACUUGCGCUCAUAGGUUGAUUAAUGCCUUUGGGGCUGUGAUGUCGAAGGUGUUCAUGGGAGUUAGAGAUGGGAUAUGA